CACAGGAAACUACAGUCAUCAGCAAAUGGGGCAAAUGGUAAAAUUUGGACGAACUUUAUCUCAUAUUGGUGUCUCAAGGGUCGAUCCUAAGGAAGGAUGGCAACAGAAGUUGAAUGACCAAAGAGGCCUGGAACUGUACAGAAAAUUCCCAAAAGAUUCAGAAUAUUCCGAACCAGAGGAAACAGAGAACCAUCUACAAACUGCAAAGCUUCAUUCUAGAUCCCAAAGCUUAUCUUCUGCUGAAAUUUUUUAUCUGCUGUCUGUAAAUAGUAUAAGUGCAUUCUCUGGGAAUGGCACACGGAAUAUGUGCAAGGAUGACACUGGGAACAACAUGCUCAAUCUCAAUGAAGAAAUCAAACAAAGGGUGGACGAAAUUAGGGUAAAAUCAAAUACCGGUGAUUAGCAUAUUGUAGAUGUUUGUAGACCUUAUCUGAUGGAUUCUUAACAGGCUCUACUAUCGAGCGGAAA